ACAGUUCUCUUCGACACAAGUUCUCAUUAUACAAGCACUUCAUGAAUUUAUUAAAAUGUUAAGUGCAUUGGACAUGAAUUGUUCGUUCCGUUGUAUCUAAAUAAAAAUCUGCGGAUUAGGAAACUCAAAUUAUCCAGCAUGGACAAAUCAAAUCAGGAUUCUACUGUCAAAACGAUCCUCAAUGGCGCAUUCCAAAAACCCGCACAUUCAAGUAGUUCACCGCAAAUAUCAAAAAUACCGCCACAAUGCGGAAUUACGAUGCAAAUGCCCAUGCCAACUGGGCCCCAAGAGGCAAUCAAUUCACUACAAGUCAAAAAUUGUGUAGCCACCGUUAGUUUGGGGUGCGAUUUGAACCUUCAGACGAUCAACUUUCGAACGCGGAACACCGAAUACAACCCGUCUCGCUUCCACGGAGUCGUAAUGAGGAUACGGGAUCCCCGGUGCACGGCCUUGGUGUUCCGCUCUGGCAAAAUCGUCUGUACCGGAGCCAAAAAUGUACAUGACGCAAACUUAGCUGCACGAAAGUUCGCUCGCAUCAUUCAGAAGGUUGGCUAUAAUGUACGGUUCGUCGAGUUUAAAGUGCAAAACCUGGUAGCCACCGUGGACCUACGGUUUCCUAUCCGGCUGGAGAACCUUAAUCAGAUACACGGACAGUUUAGUUCGUACGAACCAGAGCUGUUUCCCGGGUUGAUUUAUAGGAUGGUUAAACCACGGGUCGUGCUGCUCAUAUUUGUCAAUGGAAAAAUCGUCUUCACCGGGGCUAAAUCCGAGCAGGAAAUCACAGAAAGCUUGGAGAAUAUCUAUCCCAUAUUGCAGAGCUUUCGGAAGAAUUAAGCUUGUAUCGUAUAGCAUUUCACAGAAUUUUAUUAGGAUAGUGUACUAUGACAAAAUAAUAUAUAGAAUUAAAGAUAAGAUAUUGAGAAUGCUAGUUGUAGGGACUAUAAUUAUUUGUAUUGAACAACAUUUCUCUAUUUUAUAUAAGUCAAAAAUGAAUAAAAUGCUAAUGUACAGUGACUCAAACACGAAUUCGUACAUCUUCGG